GAGUUACAACACCUGAAUUUCUUACAUGCGAUAAAACACGCUAACCACAGUGCGUAAAAAAAAUAUUUCAAUUUCUUCGUGCGCUACUGGUGAAUUGAUACGAUCAUACGUAUCGAAGUUUUUUUUAAAGAUUGUUUGAUAACGAUUGAAAAUCGCAAAUAGUGGCAGUGUGCGAUGGAGAUGGGUUCAUCCAAGCGCAAGUCAUCAUUUAGGAUCGAUGAUAUUUUGCAUCAACAGGCAGAACAGCAGCAAAUGUUGUUCCACCAUCAACAGCAAUUAGUACAGAACAGUGUUCUUAAACAGUUGUCAGAUUUAAAUGCCGUUCAACCUAGCUCUUCAACUUCACCAUUAACAACGACAGAUUAUUGCAGUACACAAAAGUCACCUUCUAAUUCGCCGGUGGCCAUUCAGGCCGGCCGAGAGUCUCCAAAGAAACCAACGGCACUCUAUCCAAACCUGCUGGAAUUUCAAAAAACCAGCUUUCCUCUGCAUCUUCAGUUUGGAAUGCCCUCGUUCAAUCCUGCACUUAGUCCUGCUCUCAAUGCCGCUUAUCUAGAGCACUACGCCAACGUGUUACACAAAGCGUCACCUCGGUUGUUUCCAUUUUACCCACCACACUACAGCUACUUGUUGCCGCCAUGUGGUUCAAAACGUAAAGGUGGCCAAGUUCGUUUUACACCCCAACAAACGCAGAAUCUGGAACGAAGAUUUUCGAAUCACAAAUAUUUGUCGCCCGAGGACCGUCGGCAUUUAGCUGUUCAACUUAAAUUAAGUGAUCGACAGGUCAAAACCUGGUUUCAAAAUCGCAGGGCGAAAUGGAGACGCGCCAACGUCGGAAGUCAUUCAUCUGAAUCGCCAGUUGAUAUGGGAGAAAAUGUGAGCAAAAAUUCCAAUCCUUUGGCUGUUACGUCAACAGUUGAAGCGACUAUAGAUCCAAUGAAAAAAUACUCCAAUGAUUAUAACGCAUCCUCGAAUAGCGAACCCGCUGAACUUUAUGAUAGCAAAAACUCCGACAAUUACUCAGAACAUGAAAGUUCUAGUGAGGCCGAAGACAGUUGUUAUGAGGACGGAAGUGUGUCCUCAAUUAACGUAAUAUAGAUAUAGAUCAAUCCAUAAAUAGUUUCAACAUACGC